AUGAGCGGGGCUGCUAGCCGGGACGCCCCCGCCGCGAUUCGCCGCCAGACCGCCGAGAACUACCUCGCCACCUUCCCAGAAGCCGCUACCUGGAUCUGGAGCGAUGGCUCGGCGGAGGGCGGCACGACGAACGGCGGCGGCGGCGCCCUCCUCAUACUCAGGAACGGGGAGGCCAGGGAGAUCAGGGUCGCCGCAGGACGCCUGUGCUCCAGCACCCGCGCCGAAUUGUGCGCUAUCAAAGCGGCGCUGGAGGAGGUCAGCAACCUAUCAGGUGCCGAGGCAGAGGGACCCGUGGUCCUGUGUACCGACUCCCAGGCGGCGCUGUCCAUGCUGGCCGGAGGGGCGGGAUCGCAGACCACCCCGAUGGGCGCGGCGAUCUGGGCCCUGCUGCUCAGCAUCUCCGCCAGAGGCCAAGAGGUGAUGCUGCAGUGGGUACCAGCGCAUUGCGGUAUCCCCGGCAACGAAAAGGCGGACGAGCUGGCGAGAGAAGCAGCCGGCCUCCAGCAGGAGGCGCCAGCGGAUGUCCGCACCAUCACGGGCGCCGUGGCCAGGACGGCUGCAGAGGCAUGGCGCAAGUCGUGGCCGGAUUCUUUCUUCCGGCGAAUUUGGGGAGACCGGAUGCCGAGCCCGGUCUCCGGCGUGAGCAGGAGCGAGGCGGUGGAUGUACACCAACUGAGGGCCGGUCACUGGGGAAUGGCCCGCCAGUAUCUCCACCGUAUCGGCCGCCUUCCGACGAACUCGUGCCCCGGCUGCCCCGAGAAGGACUGCCCUGCGGCGCGAUGUAUCGUGUGCAAGGAGGAGGCGGACACACCGGAGCAUGUGCUGCUCCGAUGCCCGAGUCUCGCCGGACUGCGCCUUCGGUUGCUCGGCAACAUACACGUGGACCCUGCGCAGCUGCGCGACGGCGACGUCGUCGCGGCCUUGGCCCGCGGCUUCAGGCGCCAUCUGGAGCCGCUGGCUGACGGGCGACCCUAG